AUGUCGGCCUCGCUGACCGCGACUGCCAAAGCGACUAACGCGACCGUGCCUAAAACAUCGACAAAGCCAUUAAAGUCAAAAAUCAUCAAGUUGCCAUUACCAUCAGCCCUCCUGGCGCGGUUUCCACACGAAAAGCCCGUUCGAAAGCCAUCCCCAUCCGAGGCCUCUUCAUCGUCCACGUCCACCCCAGCGGCACCAGCUGUCGAACCACCGCCCUCGACCAACACCUCCGAAGCCAACUCGACACCAUUACCAAACGGCACCGCCUCGGACUCGACCACACUGGCGCCUCCGCCGAACGGUGCUAAGAGGAAGGGCAUACCUGGACCGAAGCCUGGCGCCAAACGGGGACCCUCACUCCUCGACGGCGUAACUAAGCUGAGAGGCAAGCCAGGACCUAAGAAGAAACCCCGACUGUAA